UCUUCAACCUGUUCGUACACGCUCUUGAGAUAUCGAGCAAGGACGGUGGUGCUCCCAGUGUGCUCCUUCAUUCACCGCAUCGAGUGCCUUAAACUUCUGUUUUCCGUCUACUGUCCAAGUAAACACACAGUUCCUCUUUCUCUAGACCUAUAGAGCCGGAGCAAAGCCGCAAGUGUCCCGAAAUUUUGUUGAGGUUGUCGCCAGUUGUAUCGACAGAUAUCGGCUGUCCCGAACGUCUGCCGACGUUUUUCACGAGGAGAAAACAACUGAAGCGCACGCGCUCACGCCGGUCAAACGCAAGAAAGUCGAGAGAAAAUGAUGGCAGCCAGAGGCUCAUCUAUCGUCGUCCUGUUGAUUGUCUUAAUGGCAUCGUCAAUCUUCUGCCAAGAAUCGUGGAGCCAAACGAGAGUUAAACGAGAUAAAGGUGGCCAUCAUCAUCAGGAAGUAGGGCGACAGCGUCAGCCAGCUAUUACCGGUGAUCACCGGUACAGCUCUCACGUUGUCGCUCCCGUCGUCCGGCCAACGGCGGUGAUUGAAACUGAAUCUGUGCGGCCCAUCGGCAAUAACAAUCAUCACCUCAGCGGACAACCGAGCCAGCGGUACCAACACUUCCGUCAUCCGACAAGAAGACCCGAUCACCAACACAAGCGGAUGGUUCUGCUCGCUCCACGACGGCCAAUCAACGCUAACCAGUUAUCUCAUGGCCCGAUUGGACCAACGCAACACUACGCCCCGCAGCCUGCACCCCAGAGUCAAAGACCUGCUUACCUACCGGCUAUUUUGCCGAUUUAUCUUCGUCCAUCUUCCAUUAUUCUUCCAUCGCCUCCGACCCAGUCUUAUCAACAGCCAAGCGGUUACGCUUCGGCUCCCGUUCCGCAGAGCCAGCCGUCGUAUAACCAAGCUCCUCCACCGGCUCCAUACCAGCCUGCGCCACCACCACCGGUCCCGCAACAACCUCAAUACCAACAAGCUCAGUAUCAGCCUCCUCCUCCUCCCCCACCUGCUCCUUACCAGCCGCAACCGCAGUACCAACCAGCCCCACCACCACCGCAACCAGCUGCUCCUCCAGCAUCUUAUCAAUCUGCUCCUCCAGCUGUGUACAACGAAGCUCCUUUACCUGUGCCUCUGUACGCUCGUCAACCUCAACAGAAUGCUGCCCCGGAAUCUUACAAUCAGCCACCGCAGCAGGAAAGCACUACGGCCGCUUCGUACGAAGUGUUUCAGCAACAGGAGCCCGAACAGGCUGUCCAAUCCGGCGGUUACGCCAAUUCGGAACCGGUCACCGUCCCGCCAAUCAUCGAGGAAUCGGCUAGUUACAGCACUUAUGCCCCAGUAGCCGAUCAGGACAUCCAGACGAAUUCCAUCGGCGCAUUGCCAGUUCCUCCUCCACCUGGCGGCGCAUUGCCAGUUCCUCCUCCACUUGGCGGCGCUGUUGCUACUGCUGUCGCUGCUGUUGAUGAUGGCAAAAAGGAGGAAGCAUCUCAAUGGUCUGAAGGCUCCAUUCCAUGGCAAUUGGAGAAACUAGGGCUCAACACGUUGAAUGACCUUCUCGUCCUAUCCGGUUUGGAUGAAAUGUUCGACAAAGAAGGACCUUUUACCGUCUUUGUGCCAGUCGAUCAGGCAUUCGAAAUCCUCAUCCAGAAGUUCGGCGGCAUGGAAAAAGCCAGCGAAGAGUUCAACAAAAACCCAGACGUCCUUAAUUCGCUGUUGAAGCACCACGUCGUGGCCGGCUCCAUCUCAUCUUCCUCUCUGCAAAACAACGGCGUCAUGCAAAGUCUGCUCACCACUCCGCUGCGAGUCAAAUUCUACGAAUCGGAAGACAGCGAAUGGCGUCCAUUAAAGGUAAAUACUGAGGUGAUCACGGUGAACGGUGCCCGUUUCGUCAAACCCGACAUUCAAGCCACCAAUGGCGUUAUCCAUAUCGUCGAUCGGGUCCUCUUCCCCGUACCUCAGGCCGAUAUCUACAACACGCUCAAAAACGAUCCCGCUCAGCGAUACACCACGUUGAUUUCCGCCAUCGAUAAAGCGGGACUAACGACCGUUCUGGCUAAUCCCACGGGCGGACCUUACACGGUGUUCGCGCCAACCAAUAAGGCUUUCUCGUUGAUAUCUCGUUCCGAGCUGAACGCAAUCCUGAACGAUCCGGCUAAAUUGACCAAGCUGCUCCAACGCCACGUCGUCCAAGAUUUAAUCUACACUUCCGGCCUUCAGGGUUUCCAGAAAGCCUACGCCUUGGAUUUCGAAAUCCUUUACAUCUACCACGCCAAGGGUAUGACCAAGGUCAACGGAGCUAACGUCAUCGAUCAGGACAACACAACAUUGAAUGGUGUCAUCCAUACGAUCGAUUCAGUUUUGGGUCUUUAUUGAUUGAGGGACCGGCUGAGCCGCCUCUAGUCACAACCCGAACACUUUAUCGACUACUAGAAAACAAAAAACAAACAAAACGCAACAGUUCUAUUACAUAUAGUAGCUCUAUAGAGUUAUCUUUUUUUUUUUUUCCCUCUCGGCCUUUAUCUAAAAAUUAAAUAUAUUUCUUAAGUUUUCUUCCUUCUUUCAUCCUCCCUUUUCUUUUCACGUCUUCACUCUUGAGGUGAAGAGGUUUCCUAUGGUCAUGUAAAACCAUCCGACCCGCAAAAACAUUCGCCACUAAAGUGAGCGAAUGAAAGUUCUCCAAAAAGACUGCGGAUUUGUUUCGUCCAGUCUUUGAAACAUUUGUCCAUAUCGUUAUUCGUCCAGGUGGAUCACAUGUUAAUUUCUUUUUUUUUUUCUCUCUCUUUUGUUUUUUUUGUAUGUGUUCUUUUCUGAUCCACCUAAGCCAUUUUUAUAUAUCUCCCAAUCGUCAUUUCGCUACACGUAUCCAGAAAGAGUGUUACUAAUUGCCAAGUGAUUGGCGAGAUAUCACGUCCUCCUCUCCUUAAAAAUAACCAUAAUACUAUUAUGCAUGUAUUCAUUUCUCAUCAAACACACAGUGAGUAUUAUGAACAAAAAAAGGAAAAAAAAAGAAGAAAGUAUAAACGAAAACAAAUUGACGUGCUCAAUGGCCAGUCUGUUGGCAGUGUGCACAAUUCGCGAGAAAUGUCGACCGCUUAUGUGCGCACGCAGCUGAGGGACAAUAAACGUGGUUUAACUUUU